UUCAACUUUGCUCAAAGUUUGUAUUACUAUGUUGUAAUCAAUCCUCUCUGAAUACAUUAUAUAUAAACACCCCCUUAGUUUUCUACACUCGAUAAUUCUUUCUAACUCUUCCCUUUUCAUCUCGUUCUUGAUCAGUCAGUCAUGACAAAUUUUCUUACAAUCUCUUCUCGGUUGAAACACAAAUUGCUACUCAUAUUAUUAAUUGUUCCAGUAUUGGUCUCUGCGGAGUGUUCAUGUGACUUACAAAAUGGCGAGAAACGAAACAGGAAAGAAGCUUUGACAUACAAAUUAACAGCAAUAGCAUCGAUAUUAAUAGCAAGUGGGAUUGGUGUUUGUAUACCAAUUCUAGGUAAAAGAAUAUCAGCAUUAAGGCCAGAGAACAGUUUGUUCUUUAUGAUUAAAGCAUUUGCAGGUGGAGUCAUAUUAGCAACAGGGUUUAUACAUGUAUUACCAGAUGCUUUUGAGAAUUUAACAUCGCCAUGUUUGAAAGAAGAUCCAUGGGGUUUUCCAUUUACUGGUUUUAUAGCUAUGAUGUCUGCUAUUGGUACGUUAAUGGUGGAUACAUUUGCUACCAGUUAUUAUAAAAGAUCACAUUUUAAUAAAGCUUUACCUGUUACUAGAGAUGAGGAACAGAUUGGUGAACAUGCUGGUCAUGUUCAUGUUCAUACUCAUGCUACUCAUGGUCAUGCUCAUGGUUCUUCUGCUGAUGAUACUACUUCUGAUUCUUCUUCUUCCCAACUUAUUCGUAAUCGGGUUAUAUCACAAGUAUUGGAGUUGGGAAUUGUGGUUCACUCAGUAAUUAUUGGAAUAGCUCUAGGCGCUUCUGAAAGUCCUUCAACAAUAAAACCUCUGGUUGCUGCCUUGACAUUUCAUCAGUUUUUUGAAGGCAUGGGACUUGGUGGUUGCAUUUCACAGGCAAAAUUUAAGAGUAAAGCAGUUACUAUUAUGGCAUUGUUCUUCUCACUAACUACCCCUAUCGGUAUCGGAAUUGGUAUAGCAAUAUCAAAUGUUUACAAAGAGAAUAGCACAACUGCUCUUAUAGUCGAAGGUGUUUUCAACUCGGCAUCGGCUGGAAUACUUAUCUAUAUGGCUCUCGUUGAUUUACUUGCAGAAGAUUUCAUGAAUCCAACAAUGCAAAGCAGUGGUAGACUUCAAUUAGGUGCUUAUAUUUCACUUUUGCUAGGAGCAGGCUGUAUGUCUCUUUUGGCUAAGUGGGCUUGAAACUGUAUCGUGCUAGGUUGGAAUUCCUUCAAAAAAUGAAGAGGCAGUUUGAGCCGUCCCCCUAUUGGCAAAUUUGGUUUUUUCAUAAGUAUGGUUCAUGUUCAUAGUGCAUGUAGAAGCCAAAAAAGGUUGGAACCACCAUUCAGUUAACAUGACAAUGUGAUCCCAGUUUUUGUUUUUUGUUGUGUUUUGAUUUUGCUUUGUGUUGCGCAAAAAGUGAACAAAAAGAUUGAAUUUGGCUAAGUUAAGAGUGCUUGCUCUUGCGUACAUAAUAUGGAUGAUGAGUUUGCUUAGCAAUUAAUUAUGCGUAAUCUGAAAGAGACGUUGUAAAGUUGUAAUA